AUGUCCGACUCCUUCACAAGUUCCUCGUACUACUACAGUUCCACAGCCAACGGCAGCGACGGCAGGAGCACAACUGGACACCGAUACUCAACAACCUCACAUACCCAAGGGGACGGCACGACCAUCGUACGAACCGCCCAGCAAGAGCUCGGCGAACCAGCAGUCGUUGAAGAGCGACGCUACGACCACACAGGCCAAGAACAACUCGCCCUUCCCGAGCCCAGCACAUCAGCAGGGGGAAUUCGGCAAAUCACCGAUCUAGAGAGCGAUCUUGACGCCGAUGAUUCCGCUCCCGCGUCGUCUCUCUUGGCUGGCGCUGGGGGUCCGGCGGCUCAACUCCUGGAUGGGGAUGGGGAAGACGAUUCGUUUGAUCAUGUUUCUGCGCCGCUGGGGUCUAGGGUUUAUGACCCUAUGACGCGAUCAUAUGUUGAACAGAAUGACUAUGAUGUCGGUGGAAUUACCAGACAUAGUCAUGAGGCGAGGAAUGUUGGUGGGCGUCAGUUGAGAAAGCAUGUGGAUUUUGAUUCUGAUGGCUUGUCUUCUACGGCAAGGGAGCAGCGGGUCUAUGAGGACCCUAGUACUGGAAGUCGUCUGCGGAGGCAGUCGGAGUUUGAUGUCUCCGAUGUGCUUUAG